UCUGCUUCAGUCGUGCGUAAUUGUAAAUGUAUUUUUCAAGUUUUUAAUUCUUUUUUGAAUUACAUUUCAAGGAUUCCCCUGAUAUAUUUAUGCAGUCCAUUGUAAAAAAUGUUUGAUUCUGGUUAUAAAGCCCAAUAUAUGAGUGGACAAAGGGAGAAGUUUGUCAGGUUGGAUGACUUGGACUCUAGAUUAUCAUCACCCUCUGCUGCAGGAUUGAAAAAUUGUGGGUUUAACAUUGAGGGAUUAGGCCGUUCUAGCCAUUCAAACAAGACAACAUCUCGAUCUUUCAAGAGAGGGAUCAAAAAGGGGUCUGAAGGACUUAAGUCAAUUGGUCGCUCACUUGGAUUUGGGGUUUCUCGAGCAGUAUUUCCUGAGGAUCUUAAAGUUUCAGAGAAGAAAAUAUUUGAUCCUCAGGAUAAAUUCCUCUUGCUAUGCAAUAAAUUAUUUUUCAUAUCAUGUAUUCUGGCAGUAUCAGUAGACCCUCUCUUUUUUUAUCUUCCAGUUAUUAAUGAUCCUGAAAAGUGUCUCACUAUUGAUAAAAAAUUAGCAGUUACGGCAACGACUUUGCGAACGAUUAUUGAUGUCUUUUAUCUUAUACGCAUGGCUCUUCAGUUCCGUACGGCUUACAUUGCGCCAUCAUCUCGAGUUUUUGGACGAGGUGAACUUGUGAUUGAUCCUGCAAAAAUAGCCAAGCGAUACUUGCAGCAGUAUUUCGUCAUUGAUUUUCUUGCUGUACUUCCAUUACCACAGAUUGUUGUUUGGAGAUUUCUUCACAAUCCAAAUGGUUCAGAUGUACUAGCAACAGAACAGGCCUUGUUUUUUAUUGUCUUGUUUCAGUAUGUCCCUCGAUUUCUCAGAAUUAUACCCUUAACAUCAGAAAUGAAAAGGACAGCAGGUGUCUUUGCUGAAACUGCUUGGGCUGGAGCUGCAUAUUAUUUGCUAUUAUAUAUGCUUUGUAGUCAUAUAGUAGGGGCAUUCUGGUACUGGGUGGCUGUUGAACGAAAUGAUACUUGUUGGCAGAAUGCCUGCAAGGAUGUUGGUAUUGGUAAUUGCACUAAAACUUUCCUAUACUGUGGGCAUCAACAUGGGGAAGGAUAUAACAAAUGGACUGAUAUCAGAGACUCCGUUCUUGAAGAAAGGUGCCCAGCUGAUGAGGAUGAUAAUAAUCCUCCAUUUGAUUUUGGAAUCUUCACACAGGCUUUGUCAUCUGGUGUUGUUUCAUCAACAAAGUUCUUUUCCAAAUACUGCUACUGUUUAUGGUGGGGUCUACAGAAUUUGAGCACCCUUGGCCAGGGACUACAAACUAGCACCUAUCCUGGUGAGGUUAUAUUCUCCAUAGCUCUUGCCAUUUUCGGACUCAUCCUCUUUGCACUUCUGAUUGGAAACAUGCAGACCUAUCUUCAGUCACUCACUAUUCGGCUAGAAGAAAUGAGGAUUAAAAGGCGUGAUUCAGAGCAGUGGAUGCAUCAUCGUAUGCUUCCGCAGGACCUGAGGGAACGAGUGAGGCGUUAUGACCAGUACAAGUGGUUGGAAACACGCGGUGUUGAUGAAGAGAGCUUGGUUCAAAGCCUUCCAAAGGAUCUGAGGAGAGAUAUUAAGAGGCACCUCUGUUUGGCUUUGGUUAGAAGGGUUCCUCUGUUUGAGAGCAUGGAUGAGAGAUUGCUUGAUGCCAUUUGUGAACGGCUUAAACCAUGCCUGUUUACUGAGAACACUUACAUAGUCCGAGAGGGGGAUCCUGUUGAUGAGAUGCUUUUCAUUAUUCGUGGCCGCCUUGAGAGUAUAACAACAGAUGGUGGAAGGAGCGGAUUUUUCAACCACAGUUUGCUUAAAGAGGGAGAUUUCUGUGGAGAGGAACUUCUAACUUGGGCAUUGGAUCCCAAAACCGGCGCCAACCUUCCAACAUCUACUCGGACAGCGAAGGCUUUGACUGAGGUCGAAGCUUUUGCCCUUACAGCUGAUGAGUUAAAAUUUGUUGCCGGUCAAUUCAGGCGUCUUCACAGUAGACAGGUACAACAUACGUUCCGUUUUCAUUCACAGCAGUGGAGGACAUGGGCAGCUUGCUUUAUCCAAGCGGCAUGGCGGCGUUAUUCAAAGAGGAAGAGUCUGGAGGAGCUUCGUCGGAAGGAAGAAGAGGAAGCAGAAGGAUCAAAUGGAACCCGCAACAACAGUGGUGGAAGCUCGUACAGCAUCCGAGCCACUUUCUUAGCUUCCAAGUUUGCUGCAAAUGCACUUCGUGGCAUUCACCGGAAUCGGAUUGCUAAGAGUGCAAAGGAGUUGGUGAAACUACAAAAGCCUCCUGAGCCUGAUUUCACUGCAGAAGACGCUGAUUGAUAUGUAAGAGAAUGAUGUGAUUUUAUUUUAUUGUACUUUUGCUUCUUUCACUUAGAGAACAAUGUAUAAAUACAAAGAUAUGGAACCGCAGUUGUAACAAAGGCUUUGCUUGAAGAAAUAUUAAGACUGAAGUGGUUGCUCGCUGCUUCAUUA